AUCAAAAUUUUGUUUUCUAGGGAUUUUGUUGUCCUUGAAAUUGAUUUUAGCUUCUUCUAUCGUACUUUUGGAGUUGUUGUUCGAAGCAAGGAGAUAGGCUUCCAUUGAUUUUGAGGGUUUAUUCUUUCAUUGCGCUUGUCUGGUUUUUUGCCAAAUUACUCAGUCGAUGGGGGAGUGGAGAAUGGAAGACUUGCCUCUACCCGCCUUGUUCGAACAAGGGCUUAAGAUACAUAAUAUGGCGUCUGAGUCCAGCGUUGAUCUGGACACGCUAAAAAAGGGGUGUGAAGCUUUGCAACAGUGCGAGGAAAUGAUAAGCAAGCUGGGUCUCUUCUCCGCCAACGAGACUAAAGACGAUAUCAGCACGACCAAUCUGAAAUAUUCGCUGGUGCCGUUCUAUCUAGGGGAGUUAAUGGAAAAGGUUGCACAUAAGGACAGGAUUCAGUUGCUUAAAAUUUCCCAGGCAAAAUUGAAGGAAUUCAUUUCAUUUUGUGAAGCAAUGGAGCUCAUACCUGACGAGGAGUUACAGACUUCUGCUCAAGAGGGCCCAGCUUCUCUAACGGAUCAUAGGGCUUUGAAGAUUGCUAGGUUCAAACGCCAGAGGGCUGCAGAAUUAAAGCUGCAAGAAAUUAAGGAACGGAGAGAGCGGAGGGGGCGUUCUUCCAAAGCAGCUGCUUUAUCUACUCCUAUUGAGGCUGGGGAGGAAGAUCUGUUGGAUGAUGAUGGAGAGGAGGAACGAGAGGCAUGGCUUACUGCCAUCUCUUUGGCUCUCUGUAAGGCUUUUGAUCUGCUGGAAAUGCUCAAGAAAGAGGAAGAAAUGCUUUCUGCUGUUAAGGAAAAGCAGUUACAGGAGGGGGACAAAGAAAUUGAUUGUGAUAUACUUGAUGAGCGAACUAAGAGAGCAGAAGCUUGGCAUCGUGAUGCUGCAGUUCGAGCGCAAUUCACAAGACCAGCACAGCCAAUCACAUGUGCCACUUUUGCUCAAGAUGUUAUUGAAGGGAGAGCAAUGGUUUCACAAGCACAUGAACACAAACACCAGCCUCUUUUAUUUGGACCAGCUAGUCUAGUGGGUGGAAGAUUAACAAGUGAAAGGGAAAGAAUGGCAGCACAAGUAUUCCAGCCUGGUCACAGAUUACCAACAAUGAGCAUAGAGGAGGCAGGGCUGCGUGAAAUGGAAAUGAUGAAUAAAUGGCAAGAAAUGAAUGCUAGGCUCAUGGAAGAAGCCAAUAAUUCCUCAUGGCACCAGGAAGGUCGAAAGCCUGGACCUAACAAUGAGGAGGAUGAAGAUGAUGAUGCUGCAGUAGACAAGGCAAGGGCUUGGGAUGACUGGAAAGACGACCAUCCUCGUGGUGCAGGCAACAAGAAGCUCACUCCUUGUGGCUAAUUAUUUAGAAUGCCUAUUCAUCUUGUUCUUGCAUAACCUGGUUUUGGAUGAUCUCUUACAAGAAAAUGAGUUCUUCGGAUUCGCUAUGAACGCAAGUUGUUGUG